AUGAGUAGUGAGAUACUUGUAUCUGACGAUCACAGUACUCAAUCCGAAAUCUCACAACCAACGCCAGUUCUCUGGACCGACGACGAACAACGUUUAUUAGAAGAAAACAUAGCGCGCCUUGAGAUAAGCGAAAAGAACUUGAAAAUGAUAUUUGAAAUUUCAAUGCUUUUUCCCCAUAAAACAGUUCAACAGAUAAUUAUGAGACUGAAAUGGAACUCACAAAAGAACGACAUCACUUGGGAGAGUUACUGUGCUCAGAACAUUAAAAGUUCCCCAAGUUGUUCUCCAGACAUUUCAAACCACUCAAGUCCUCGGAUCUCAAAAUCAAAACCAAAUCGAAAAGUUCCUCAGCCAACUCCUAAAAAGUUGGACGCAGAAAAGCGUAAGAGAAGGUCGGUCCCAGACUCCGCAACAAUCAGUGUCGCUCAAUCGAGAAACAAAAACAGAUUUUCUCUCAACCAAGAAAAUAGUUUCGGUAAUAGUAAUUUUACUAUUACUAAUGGUUCAUCCCAAACUAGUUCAAAUUAUAGUUAUAAUACUAUAAGUGGUAUCCAUCAAGUUAAAGGCCCGCGCACACUCAAACACAACCGCGGCUCAGCGAUGUUCAUGCAAGUCAACCCAAUAGAAGAAGUUGACGAGUCUGCAAGCUUGAAAUCUUUUCAACAAACACAACCAACUGUACAACCACCAGUUGGCGAGAAAAUGGAGGAGAUGUCAACAAUUAAUUAUCCCGAAAGUGACAGCCCACGCUUCCAAAAAAUCGAAACCUUCCAGAACAUUCCAACCGUCCCUCCCGUUCCGCUCCAAGGCGACACCCGGUGCGGCGUGACGGGGCAGGAACUGAAUCUGCAAGACCUCAUUCUCCGGAUUGACGGACUUGUCCGCGAUAACAACUCGAUACUCAACUACGUCGAAAGCUCAAUCAACAAGAAUUUACAAAUCGACCCUAACUACUUAAAUGCGUUUGGGACGAAUCUCCAAAACUUAUUGGAAUUAACAGAUGGAAUUGCUAAACCGUCGAGACUCCCAUUCAUGCCUUUAACCCUCAACGUUCCGCCAUCACUCAUUGGACAAAGACCAGGAACUAAUUUUCAACAAAGAUAUGUGUGA